UAAAGAUCAAAGGUCGCUAUAUUGAAAUUUAAAAACAUAGCUUUUACAUGCUAUCUAAUCAAGCUCUAUAAAAAGUCCAAAAUGCUAUUUGGAAUCGAUAAAAUGAUAAGGUUCAUUUUGAUAUUUAUCAUAAACUGUCUCCUCAAGUUGCUGUUUAAAUUUGAAACAGUAGAAGCGAAACUGGAAAGGACAGAAUUGCUAUUAUUGAAAUCAUGUAGGCGCUUUUACCAAGAGAAAUUUAUUACUGUUGAAGAUAACGUGUUAAUACGGACCGUUGUGUUCAAUCCUGGGGUGCCUAAUAAACCAGCACUAGUCCUGUUACAUGGUCUUAACACCGGUUUGUGUUCAUUCCUUUAUAACGCGAAAAGAUUGAGUAGAAAUUGUACUGUUUAUGCCAUUGAUCUUCCGGGAUUUGCACGCAGCUCGAAGCCUUCGGUAUCAGGAACAGUGGACGAAAUUGAACGCAAAUAUGUAAGAUGGUUAGAGCUAUGGCGUCAAAAUCUGGCCAUUGAAAAAUGUUUUCUACUUGGUCAUGACUUUGGUGGAUACAUUGCGACCUUGUACACUCUCAUGUAUCCUUGGAGAGUCUGUCACUUAACACUGUAUGAACCAUGGGGAUUCCCAAUACUACCAUUUGGUAUGACUGAUCGCAGUCCAAACAGGAAAUCCAUUGAACAAUCCGAGUUCUUCCCACGGUGGCUUACUAAACUAGAUGUUGUUUUUCACUGCGCACAACGUCUCAAAUUUAUUUACGCAAUCGCGUGCUUUUACUGUCGUCAAUUAAAAUAUUUAUAUCAAAUGAUUAGACAUCCUUGUACGUUUGUACAAAAUUUGUUUAAAAAACAAGAAGCAUGGUCUCAAUAUAAAAAGUUAUGUCAAGAAGUUCAAAACUCGUCUGGUAAAAACGCUUAUAGCAAGUUGAGUGUGUUAAAUAUCUGGGCAAGAGAUCCUCUGAUAAAACGAAUCAAUUCACUAGAUGAAAAGGUGCAGAUAACAUUCAUUUUUGGUUCAAAAUCAUGGUUUGAUCAUCGCUCAGCUUAUGAAGUGAAGUGUUCAAGAUUAAAUCAAAAUUCAGUCAAUGUUAACAUUAUUGAAGGCCAGUGUAAACGGCCCAUACACGAAGAAUGCCGCAGAGAUUUUGAAAAUAUAAUUUUGCAAACGUUAUCGUCGUACGAGGACGAACAAGACGAAGGUUGGAUAGAAGAUGAAUGGAUCUCGUAUGAUCACUCGGACGAUGAAACUAAUAAUGUCAUCUAAACUACUAAAUAAACAUUCAGCUGUGAAUAAAGCUGCGAACUUACUUCGUUAGGUAACAUGUGAAUUUACGAGUGAAAAAUUUUUUCUUUAUGCAAUAUCUACUUUUGGUUGUUGCAGAUA